AUGGCGAGGAUGCCAUACAGCACGACAUAUGGCAGGCUCGGCGACGUGGCACGCUGGCAGACGCGCUUGGUCAUCUGUGGUCGCGGCAAAAUGGAUAAGUACCUCUACGAAUGGAUCGACCAAGACCACAGAAAGGCAACGUCACGCCGGCGGGGCCACAAGGGCACCACCUCGCACGAGUCGAUGGUGCUCGAGGGCCACGCCGCCAUCGUCAAGCUGCCCUUCCUCGACGACAACGACGCCUACCUGCUCAUCGGCAAGGCGUCGAUCGAUCCCACCGCCCCGUACGUGCUGCUCGACGUCGGGCGCGAGGUGACCCUGCGCUAUCGCAAUGGCCACAAGUACAUUUGGACGACGUAA